CACACUUCACUUCAGAGUUGCUCUGUUUUCCUCCAUUUCUCGAUUAGGGUUAGGUUCUGCGAGGAAGAAGACGACGAAGGAGAAGAAAAAUUAAGAAGGGAAUAGGAAAAAUGGGGUUCUCAAUGCAACCAUACGGGAUUAAGGCUAUGCUAAAAGAAGGGCAUAAGCAUAUGUCUGGUCUUGAGGAGGUAGUUCUGAAGAACAUUGAUGCUUACAAGGAGCUCUCUGCUAUCACACGCACUUCUCUAGGCCCUAAUGGUGCUUCUUUCUCUCUGUUUGUCACAAAUGAUGCUGCUACUAUUGUAAAUGAGCUUGAGGUUCAACACCUUGCUGCCAAGAUAUUGGUUCUGGCAGGCAAGGCUCAACAGGAAGAAAUGGGUGAUGGUGCUAAUUUGACUAUUUCGUUUGCUGGAGAGCUCCUCCAAAAUGCAGAGGAGCUAAUUAGGGCUAGCCUGCACCCAAGUGAGAUCAUCAGUGGAUAUACCAAAGCUAUAGACAAGACUGUUGAGAUUUUAGGUGAGCUAGUAGAGAAAGGUUCAGAAAGUAUGGAUGUCAGGGUUAAGGAGCAAGUUAUCACCAGAAGGAAAGCUGCUGUUGCUAGCAAGCAAUUUGGACAAAAAGAUGUUUUAUUUUCCCUUAUAGUUGAUGCAUGUAUGCAAGUUUGCCCCAAGAACCCAUCAAAUUUUGAUGUUGAUAAUGUGCAUGUUGCAAAGCUCUUGGGAGGAGGUUUGCAUAACAGCACAAUAGUUCAGGGUAUGGUUUUGAAAAACAAGGCAGUGGGAAGUAUAAAGCGAAUUGAGAAGGCAAAGCUGGUUGUGGAAGUGCAGAGAGCCGGCUCUAGAAGCUGCAGCCGGCUCUACAGAGUGAUCUAUAGAGAAGAUUCUUGGGGUUUAUCUUGUAAAGGGGUGAGAUUUGAGAGAAACACCCUUCUUCUUGUAAAAGGAUUGAGUGGUUCAUUUAAGCCACCCUUGAUUUUGUUAGUGGAGAGUGUGGAGGAAAUCUUUGCCACUGAAACAAAAGGAACUGUCUUAAUCCACAGUGCUGAACAGCUAGAGAAUUAUGAUAAAACUGAGGAAGCUAAGAUUGAGGAGCUCAUCAAAGCAGUGGCUGAUUCUGGUGCCAAAGUUAUUGUUAGUGGAGGAGCAGUUGGUGAAAUGGCAUUGCAUUUCUCAUUGGCUUCUAAUUUUAAAGUUUCUCCUUGCAAGCUAAUGGUCUUAAAAAUCAGCUCAAAGUUUGAACUGCGACGAUUUUGCCACACAAUUGGUGAUGUUGCUCUUUUGAAACUCAGCCGGCCAAAGCCAGAUGACCUGGGACAUGUUGAUUCAGUUUCGGUUGAGGAAAUUGGUGGAGUUCAUGAAGAAGGUGGAAACAGAGUUUCUACUCUGGUUCUUCAGGGAAGUACUGAUAGUAUAUUAGAUCAUCUUAAGAGAGCCGUUGAUGAUGGAGUGAAUAUGUAUAAGCUGUAUAAUUGGUUGCUCUAUACCGUUCUUUUUCCUUUGGGUGGUCAGGCAAUGUGCAGAGAUAGUCGAAUGGUACCUGGAGUUGCAGCUACUGAAAUUGAAUUGGAUCAGUAUGCUAUCACUAAAUUUGCUGAAAGUUUUGAACUAAUACCAAGAACCCCAGCAGAGAAUGCUGGGCUGAAUGCUAUGGAUAUCAUAUCAAGGCUGUAUGAAAAACAUGCAUCUAGAAAUGCCAAAGUGGGUGUUGACUUGGCAGCAAAGGGGGGGGAGGGGGGUGGGCUGAACUGUUUUGCAAUCAAUUUAUGCCCAGCAACCUUUCUAGAUGCUGCAUGCACCGCAUUACGAGUAGGCCAGGUAAUUCAGCAGAAAGAAGCAGGUUCUACAGCAAAAGUGAAAUCCGAGUGUGAUGUGAUGCUCCUUAGACGUUGGAACGAUUUCAUUGUCUUAGUAGGUUCUACAGCAAAAGUGAAAUCCGAGUGUGAUGUGAUGCUCCUUAUACGUUGGAACGGGCAUGUCAUAGAUCCCAAAGAUAGUAAUUUUACGUGUCUGAAGUUUACAAUAAAUUGCCAGAUCUGGUUAUUGUUUUGAGAAAUUAACUUGGCCAAUUCUUCAACCUCUACACUUUUCUAUUUCUGAAAAUUUGUUUCCUUUUUGGGUCUCUGGGAUAUGGCGGUGGGUUUCAUAUGUUGAGCAGUAUGUUAUACCAUAAUUGUGCCUUACAUUUGCCUUCAGAGUUUUUCUAGUACGGAUUGUCUGAUGGUGAAAUUUCAGAAUUCAGAAGGGCAAGGCUAGAAAUGGAUCAGUCCAUUUUUACGGCGAGCUUCUAUAUAAAGGUUUUAACUUUUU